AUGAAUUUCUUCCGAUUUAGACCUCAAAUACUGAAAUACCACGACUACUCGAUCGGGCGAUCCACGCCCCUGUGGACGGUAAGCGACGCGGCAAAAAAUGCUCUGCGCAAAUCGAGGUUGAUGGAACUCUCGAAACCACGCCCAAUGCACCCGGAAUAUCAGCCUCCGAAGCCCGCGAUCCCUGUGAUCACGAAAGCAGCCAAAGAGGCCUCGCCCUCGGAGCGCCUAGACGAACUGGCAAAAGCCUCAAAACGAAUAAUAAAUAUGGAAAACGAAUGGAGAGUGAAGAUGUCCGCAUUGAAUUACAAGCCCAGUGAAAGGAUACUGGAGUUAUCUCGCCCGCGGCCCUUCGCAAAUGGUUACCUCCCUUGCAAGACUCCUGACGAAACGUGGCGCGUAUCGCCGAAUGCCCGAAAGGCAUCGACGUCGGAUCGUGUCGACGAGCUGAGCAGGCCUCAAGUACGGACUGUGGGUACCAAUCUCCCGCGAACGGACGCGUUUGUCGUCUCCGACGCGGCAAAAAAAGCAAAAGCGAGCGAUCGUAUUGUCGAACUAUCGCAGCCCGUAGUUCGAGGCCAUUAGCAAGCUACGGUCAUCUCAUUCAAUCGUGGAAUGCUAGUGAUAACUAUUUCAUGUCUUUAAGUAAUGUGUAGUAAAAUCAUAA